AUGGGCUACACAAUUGUAUCUCCACCGGCACCUGUUCCCUUUGCCAUGCGGCAGAGUAGGAAACAACUCACCUCUUGUUUCUUCUCUCCUUCUCAUCCUGGAUAUGGGCCCAUUUUGCGGCAUUUUUCAGGUUGCUUUGCCUUUUUCCUUGCCCGCUUUUCCAUCGGCGCUCUCUAUAUAAACACUCGCGGGCUUCACACGCCCAAUUUCAAACCUUUCUCCCUUCUCUUCUCUUCUCUUCUCUUCUCCAUCGCCGCGAAACCAUGGUUUUCCUCCACCGCUCCGCUCCAAACCCUCGGAAGCGCCCAGCCGCCACCGUCGCCUCCGGCGGCACCCCAGUCACCACCCCCAAUCUCCAUUCCCAGGAUACGAGACGAUCCCGACGACCACAUCGCGACCGUGAUCUCUCUCCUCGCCGAGGCCGGCUGCACUCUCCACGUCGCCGCAGACGCGCCGCCAUCCCUCCCCGCCGACCUCCACAAGUUCCGCCGCACCCUCGAGUCUCGUCUCUCCUCUGAUCCCUCCCUCCUCCCCCAACUCCUCUCUGGUCUCUCCUCCUACAUCAAUGCCCCCCAAAACCUCCGCCUCCUUCUCGUCCCUGCAUCCCGUGAUGGCUCCUUGCCGAAAACUGAUAGCCUCGCGAGAACCCUUCUCCUCGUUCCCCAAAUCCAACUGCAGCUCCAGCAUUUGCUUCUCGAGAAGCUUCCGGAGUACUUCGAUUCGACUGUCGGUGAUUCGGUGUCGUCGCUUAAGGACGAUGUCGGGAGGAUGAUCAUCAAUCAGUUCAGGUGGCUUGAUUUUCUUGUGGAUUCGGAAAACUUUGUGGAGAAGCUGAUGGAGGUGCUCUCCAUUUCUCCGUUGUCUCUCAAGAAGGAGAUCAUCGGAUCCCUCCCGGAGAUUAUUGGAAACCAGAGCCAUGGAUCUGUGAUCACCGCACUUGAACGGCUCCUACAGGAGGACUCUGAGGUCAUCGUUCCUGUUCUUGAUUCUUUUUCCAAUCUAAACUUGGAUGAACAAUUGCAAGAACAGGCUAUCACUAUUGCGUUGUCCUGCAUUAGAACUGUGGAUGGGGAGUACAUGCCACACUUGCUUCGAUUUCUAUUGCUCUCUGCUACUCCUGCCAAUGUGUGCAGGAUAAUUUUGCAGAUACGCGAGCAGUUGAAGUUUGUUGGUGUGACUGAUCCACUAGCUAUUAGGAACAAGAAGCUCAAAGGCAAAUUGGUGGCAAAUAGCACUGAGGCCUCUACCCUUGAGGCUUUGAGGUUGAGCCUUCAGUUCAAGAACAUAUUAUGUGAGGCAAUUCUGAAAGAGCUGAAGAGUCUUGAUCAACCUCAAGAUCACAAGGUAAUUGAUGUCUGGUUAAUCAUGCUUAUAUACAUAAAUGGUGGGUCUCUGCAGAAGGGCGUGGAGAAAAUAUUGAAGAAGAAAGUUAUUGAAGGUUGUUUAAAUGAAUCUCUGUUUGAUCAAUGCAUACAUGGGCAUCGAGAGCUGGUGAAGGAUCAUUUCUCCUCAUUUCUCUCAGUUUCCGAGUACUUAAUGGCAUGCAGAGAACAAGAAGCAAGGGAUUUCAGUAUUUAUUUGUACACAGCACUGUUUGAAGAAUUCAGUGAUACCUUCUAUAGGCAGGAAGUUCUUGGCUCACUAGUCACUCAUAUAGGUUCUGGAAUCACGUAUGAGGUCAGUUCCGCUCUGGAGGCCAUGUUUCGUCUUACUUCAAAGUAUUCAGAGGAGCUUAUUCCAAUGUCUUCUCAUAUAAAUGGUAUCUUGGAUUACUUGGAGGGAUUUCAUGAUGAAAAUCUGCACAAGGUUUAUGAAAUCUUUUGUUAUUUGGCUGUGUCUGCUCGUUCCAAACCUGAUUUUCUUGGCUCUUCUAUUGCCAAUGAACUUCUGAUGAUUGUGAGGAAGCAGCUUGGCAAUCCAGACAUCAAGUACAGGAAGAUGGGAAUAGUAGGAACUUUGAAGAUAAUUUCCACUCUUGGAGAUGUAAAUGCAACUGUGAAUUUCUCAUCAUCCCAGAAAACCAAUUGUGAAGAAGCUUUGGAACUGUUAAAAUUGGCCAUAGAAUUGAACAAAUCAGCAACAUUGUCCUUGAUCUUGCUAUAUGAUGAACUCAAUUCUUUGUUUGAAUGCAGAAUCCUUCAACCAGCUAUCAUUGAAUGGAUGGGAAAGCAUGUCGGGGAACUUGAAUCCCUGUUUCUUUCUGAUCUCGAGGGAGGACAAUUGCCCCAGAAGUAUGUAUCUAAUGAUAUAGAAGGGGUUCUAUGGAUGAAUUUGGAUGGCAAUCUUUCUCCUAUAUGCCUGAAUAUCUUGCCAUUAAUUUCCUCAAUGGCACUACAGUCAGCUGAUUCUUUGCAGAUUCUUCCUUCUCAAUUUUUGCUAUUGUCUGUUGUUGAAAGGCUAACAAACCAAGGCUCUCUUGGUGGUAUUGAUGCACUUCUGGGUUGUCCACUGCAUCUUCCUUCUCCUAGGCACUUAGCCGCAGGUGAAUGGAAGAGGAUGUCUGGACAGCAAAAGCAGAUACUUUGCCUUUCACUCUAUUACGCAGUCAAUUGGAUAAGAGAGUUGCUGAAUGCCUUUAGCACACAAGUUAUUGAUAAAUUUGAUUGCAUAACUCAGGCCACAAGGGAUGAGACAAAUCGAAAACUCUUGAAACGUUUGAGAAAUCUGGUUUUACUAGAGAGCUUACUGAAUGCUUGUCUCAAGUAUCACCAACUAACUUUACCUGAACUCCGCUGCAAUCUGGAUCAUUCUGGGACUUCUUUCAGCAAGAUUAAUCAUUCAAAGCAGAGGGAGACCAAGAAUGAUCAACCACUGAAGAAGAGAAAGCAUAAGGAUUUGACAGCUUCAGAGAAAUCAGAUCCUUAUGGAAACCUCAGGCAGCCGACAAUAGUGGAGACCCUGAAAAAAGCAGGAGCUGAUAUUAGUCAGGAAGUUGAAAACAGGAGCUCUUCAGGAUCCCCAACAAUCCAAAAGGUAUCACAAUGUGUUGAACAUCAAGAAGCUAACUCUAAUGAACUUGACCUUGUAGAUAUAGCAACAACUUCUGGAGUCUUGGAUGCACAACGGUGCAAAUUCAGACCUCUUCUUGUUGACUCCCUAUUUAUGUUGUCACUCUCUGAGAGUCAGGAUAAUUGCUGUUCAGAUCCUGCAGCUGAGCUGCCAUUGCACCUAUACCUUCUCCGUGAUCUUCACAAGAAGUUGGAUUACUUAAAUCCUCCGAACAGACAGUUUCUGAUGGGUUACACCACAAAGAUCCAACAUGGUCACAACAAGUUAAAAACUUCGGAAUUUUUGACCAAGAUCAGGCCACUCUCUAAAAGCCUAAGGAAACAUUUAGACAGUGCAUUUUCUAUUCUUAAAGGAUCAGAGCCUUGUCAGGAACAUUGGAAAUCUGGGCUGGUUUCAGCUGGAAGCCCGGAUAUUCCAUUUGUGGUGGUCUCAAUGGCUUCUGUCGCUAGUUCUGUUUUUAGAGAAGUUCUUUGCUGCUACAGAAAGAUGCUAAGCAUUCCAGACCUUUUUCUUCAAACAAGUUUGCCGACUCUCAGGGACAUGCUAGAUGCUUUCCAGUCGGACAAAGAUUCAAGCCAAUUUUUCUCUGGGCUCCAACCUUUGCCAAAUCCUGGGAGCAUUGUUUACUUGUACUGCAGAGUGUACUCAUUCCAUGAGGAUCUACUGGAUAUGGCAUAUUCUUUGCCUUUCUCACUGGCAUCAGAAGUUUUGGUAACUCUACAGUCAAUUCUGAACUCGAUUGCGAUGUUGUUUGAUAAGUCUAUGGAGGAAACUGGGAGCAGCACACAUGUAGGAUUCACUCAGAGUCUCCUUCCUUUUCUGCGAAGCAAGCUGGCCUCUUCUGCCCGGAAGCUUUUAAUGUAUGAUUGGAACUGUGCUGAUAAUGAGAACGAACUGAAAAUCAAAGGUGAUGUACUUCAAAAGAUAUUACAUAUUUACCUUAGAAACAGCGAAUCUACUCCUGAUUUACUUGAUGAGUUGGCUUGCUCUAUCUUGCCUCAGGUUCCUUCAUGCAGAACAAACAACACACAAGAAGCUGCCCAUAGUUUUCCAACAUUGUGCCCAACAAUGUUUCUGACAUGGUACAGGGUGUUGCAUGAAGAGAACCUUGAUGUUUUAAACAAGCUGGUCAAGGGGGGGUCAUUGAAAUCAAGGUCCAAUAUUCAAAGAAAACCUGCUGAAGUGAUGAUAAAACUCCGGCAGUCAGUUAAUGUCGUUGUCUCUUUGAUCAGUAUGUGCAAAAUUCAUGACAAGGUUGCAGUGCAUGCUAUUGCGGUGAAGUAUGGUGGUAGGUUUGUUGAUACUUUCUUAAAAGUUUUUGACUUCCUAGAAGCCCAUUUCAAGGAACACAAUGACAUCAUAAUACAAAUGGUCAAGGAGCUCCAGAAAGCAACGAGAAUUAUACAGACCUUGUGUUCUGAGGCUAAGGGUUCAAAACGAACUAUGAUCACCAGCAAGAUUCCUGCUACAAAGAGAUCCAUGGAGCGUUUUGUGUUUCAAGUCAAGGCUCUUUUGCACAAUACAUCAAAUGGAUCCACUUUUUGGAUGGGUAAUCUGAAACACAAGGACUUGUAUGGCCAAGUGGUGAGCUCGCAAGUGUACGACAAUGGAGAUGAUGAUAUGGAUAGAGAAGCAGAAAAUAACUCUGAGCCAGAUACUGUCAUCCCUGAUGAUGAUCAUGAACAAGGCGACAAUGACAAGUGAAUCAGAUAUCAUGGAUGAUCUCGCUGUGUGAGACUUAAGCUGAUGUUAUUCUGAAGGGUCAAAAGAUUAUGAAAGAAAAAAUCUCUUGAAAAUCAAGUGAACAAUGAAGAGGAGGAUGUGGGUCAUGAAGUGGACCCUAAUGCAGAGAUAUUUGAUUGCAAAACCAUGUGCAAGAUUGGCUCAACGGCAACAUGGUGUUUAAAUGUGUGAUCCUAUUGUCCUUGGGGGCCACUAUGUUUCACACGAGAUCACCAUGUUCAAUUUGAAACCAUUGUUACACAAUACCAUAUAUGUAUAUACAUAUUAAUGAUAAGGUGUAAUGCUGAUGUUUGUAGCUUGUCUGAACUUUUGUUAUCAACCACUGCCAUGGAUCUUAAAUACAUGUCUACCUUAUGGUAUUAU